AUGGCCGAGGGCUCGCGCAACAUCAUCGCUACCGGAGCCAAGGCUUGCACCCAUGAAGUUGCCCUGCCUCAGGGCUACAACUACAUCCCCUUGAAGGACACGCCACUUCCCAAGCAAAUGGCUAAAGAGUACCCGUUCACUCUGGAUCCUUUCCAGCGGGAGGCCAUUCGUUGCAUCGAACGCAGUGAGAGCGUUCUUGUGUCGGCGCACACUUCGGCUGGUAAAACAGUUGUUGCUGAAUACGCCAUCGCCCUCUCGCUGCGCGAGGGCCAACGCGUCAUCUAUACCAGUCCAAUCAAAGCCCUCAGUAACCAGAAAUACCGCGAGCUCGCCGAAGAGUUUGGUGAUGUCGGGCUCAUGACAGGCGAUACCACCAUCAACCCGACGGCGUCGUGCCUCGUCAUGACAACAGAGAUUCUCCGCUCCAUGCUUUACCGCGGCUCUGAGAUUAUGCGUGAAGUCGGCUGGUUGUCUUUGAUGAGAUUCACUACAUGCGUGACCAGGAGCGCGGUACCAUCAUUCUCUUACCUGACAACGUCCACUACGUCUUCCUCUCCGCCACCAUUCCCAACGCCCUUCAAUUUGCGCAGUGGAUCUCCGUGCCAUGUGGUGUAUACCAACUACCGCCCCACCCCUCUGCAGCACUACCUGUACCCUCAGGGUGGCGAUGGCCUCCACUUGGUUGUCGAUGAAACCGGUGCAUUCCGCGAAGAUAGCUUUAUGAAGGCCAUGAUGAGCCUAUCAGAAGGGGGUGCGGCCAACAAGCAGCGCUCAAAGCACCAAAAAGGCAAAUCACCCAUGCGCUCUAUGGUGCGCAUGAUCAUGAAGCGAGGCUAUCAGCCUUGCAUUGUCUUCUCCUUCAGCAAGCGUGACUGCGAGACUUACGCCAUGCAAUGUUCCCUGGAGGAUUUCACAACCUCGGAAGAGAAGCAGCAGAUCGAAAUGAUUUUCAAAAAUGCCAUUGAUAUCUUGAGCGAGGAUGACAAGCAGCUGCCACAGGUCAGCCAAGUCUUGCCUUUGCUGCUCAAGGGCAUUGGUAUUCACCAUGGUGGACUUUUGCCCCUGAUCAAAGAGGUCAUUGAGAUUCUCUUUGGCGAGGGCCUGCUCAAAGUUCUUUUUGCGACCGAGACCUUUGCCAUGGGCCUGAACAUGCCUGCCCGCACCGUCGUUUUCACCAACGCUCGCAAAUACGACGGCACUGAACAUCGCUGGCUCACUUCGGGCGAAUACAUUCAGAUGUCUGGUCGUGCCGGCCGUCGUGGUCUGGAUGAUCGUGGCAUUGUGAUCCUGAUGAUGGACGAAAAAGUAGAGCCAACCUUUGCCAAGCAGAUGCUGCAGGGGCAGGCAGAUCAACUCAACUCGGCCUUUCACCUCACGUACAACAUGGUGCUCAACCUUUUGCGUGUCGAGGAGGUCAAUCCAGAGUACAUGUUGCAGCGUUCGUUCCGCCAAUUCCAGAAUUCUCAAGCCAUUCCGGGCCUCGAGGCUAAAAUUGCCGAGCGCCAGCGGCAACACGAUGAGAUUGUCAUUGAGGACGAAGCAAAGGUCGAGGAAUACUACAACAUUCGCAAGCAGCUCGAGUCAUUCGGCGAGGAGCUGCGGACUCUCAUUACGGAGCCACAGACCAUUGUUCCUUUCUUACAGCCCGGUCGUGUGGUCGAGGUGCGCGACGGCGAGCAAAACUUUGGCUGGGGCAUUGUGGUGGACUUUAAGGAGCGUGCGGUGAAAAGCAAGCGUAACGGCAAGAAUCAAGCAGAGGAGAAGCAGAUUGUUGUAACCACGCUUUUACACGUGGCCUCGGAUGCCGGCAACAAGAAGCCACGCCCCAUUUCGACGCCCACCGACAAGGGCGAGUACAAGGUGACGCCCGUGUUGCUGCCAGUGCUGUCACAGAUAUCAAAGGUGCGCCUCUUCUUGCCCAAGGAUUUGUCUGGUGCUGAUAAACGCCGCGCAGCAUUCAACGCUUUGCAAGAGGCCAUUCGACGCUUCCCGGAAGGGUUGCCUUUGUUGGACCCGAUUGAGGAUAUGAAAAUUUCCACCGACUAUGCGCGCGGCCUUGUGGGCAAGAUCCAGACUUUGGAGACGCGUCUUUUUGCCCAUGCGUUGCAUGAGAGUGAGAAGCGCGAUGACAUGAUGGCCUUGUUUGUGACCAAGGUGCGCCUGCGCGAGCUUGUGUCCUCGCUCAAGAAGGACCUCAAGCAGAGUCACAGCAUUCAGCAGCUGGAUGAGCUGAAGAACAUGAAGCGCGUCCUCCGCCGGUUGCAAUUCACGACGAAUGACGACGUGAUUGAGCUGAAGGGCCGCGUGGCCUGUGAAGUGAGCACGGGCGAUGAGCUUUUGCUGACAGAACUGAUGUUCAAUGGCAUUUUCAAUGAAUUAUCAAUGGCGCACAGCGUGGCCUUGCUAUCCAUCUUUAUCCUCGGCACAGCCAAUAGCAAGGAGAAGGAAAAGGAAAAGUCACCAGUUGAGAAGGAUCUCACCAACACGCUCAAUCAAGUACAGGAAAAUGCACGGCGAAUUGCUCGCGUGUCGAUUGACACCAAGCUGGAUGUGGACAUGCAGAGCUACGCCGAGCAAUUCCCAGUGGAAAUGCUGGAGGUGGUGCAUGACUGGGCUCAAGGACGCAAGUUUUCCGAGAUUUGUGAGAAGACGGACAUGUUCGAGGGUAGUAUCAUCCGUGCCAUGCGUCGGCUGGAAGAGCUGUUGAAGCAGAUGAUUGCUGCAGCCAAGGCCAUCGGGAACACGGAGCUGGAAAACAAGUUUGCCGAGGGGGUGACGGCGAUUCGUCGUGACAUUGUAUUUGCGCCCAGUUUGUAUCUGUAAGCCUGGCAGAGAGAGGCACGUCGAGGUGAUGCGAUCGUGUCCCUUGGCAAAAUAUGGACGGUGCCAAUCGAUUGAGUUGUGAUGCAUAA